AUGAGGAUUUCAAAAGAGGAUACUGGCAAUGUUCCAGAGAGUAAAUUUCAGGUUGACGAGCUGUCCAGAGCUCUUAUAGAAAUUUAUCAUCGCUCUGAGCGUGGAGAGAUUUCGCUGCUUGUUUCCUCCGAAGACAGGCUUCUUCAACAGGAGCAGCUAGAGGGCAAGCAGUUGAAAGGGCAGGUUGCGAAGUUCCUCCCACCGGUGUUGUCCACUUUGUUGAAUUAUCCUUGUCAGCAAGAGUCAAGAAAUUCUGAAAUCUGUCGUAUUUUAGUCGAAUGUGUCUCUCAAGAAAGCAUGGAGGCGGUGAUUGCUUGUGACUUGGCCAUUCAACUUGCACCUACGGCGAUGGCUGGCUUAGCUUUGAUACUCACUGAGGCUCUAUCACGUAUGCAGUCUAAUGCUGUGCGUGCCAUACCUAUUAUGGAGUUACUAUCUGAUUCUGCUGAAAUCCCGGAUUUUCACAAGUUUUUCCAGGAGAAGCAUUUUCGUUCCAUUGUUGAUACGUUGGCCCCCUACACGAACGUACAUAAAUUUAACACAUUUAUCGUGGCAGCGAUUCAUCGUGUAAUGAUGCGUUGGUUUUGUUGUGUUCCUGACAAAAUGCGUUAUCGUAUUCAGAACCACAUUGAGAACUCAGUGCGCAUGUCACCGUAUCUGUCAUUUCCCGAUAUCACUUCAGGUGUGAUUCGACAACCGAGCGGUGAUGGACGUCAGGUCAGUAACGUGCUUAUCUUGGAGAUAGGCAUUCAAGUCGAUCUUAAUGCUUUUGAAAAAUGCGCGUUUGUUGUCAAGAUGAUGGCUGUUCAGGAACUAGGGGACAUGGCAGUCAAAUAUGGACUACCACGUUCAUCAAAGAAACAUUUUUUGCAGGUUCAUGAAGAGAUAUUGCAAGCGAUGACUGCGUUCUUUCUUAUCAGGCGAAUCGAGGACGACUGGGGAGAUCCUAAGGUUCCCGAGAACAUAAAAGAGGUUACUCAGGAGCACUAUGUCGUCAAUGACUCUAUUAUAACUGUAAAGACCUUUGCUGAGCAUUAUAGAGAUCGUGAGAAAAUAGAGACUUCACCUCUCAGUACUGCCAUCAAGAUCAUUGUCAGUAGAGGCAUGUCGGCUGUUCUUCACAGCGUCACGCCAGUAGAGUGGUUUGUUUGA